AUGUCCGAAACCAACGCGAACGCGGAUCAGGGGGGCCAAUCCGCAACCCAUCUCAGUUUAUCCUCACCUUCAAGCACAACAAUCAACUCUACCACCCCCCUCCGUACUAGUGGUGGAAAGCAAAUGUUGAAGGACUACGAGGCAGCAUUCAGUGUUCUGCAAUCCAGAUACGGCACGGGUGGAACCGUGCCUUCACCCAAGAAGACGCCAUCCUCCAAGUUACCGGCGAAUACCAAGCCCAAAGUUGUUCCCCGAGAUUCGUCAUCCGCCGAAUCGACAUCCUCGACAUCCUCAACGGCAACCAUCCAAGCGCAAUCUGCUUCUGAUAAACCGCCAACAGACGAGUCUGGGUCUAGUACACCGAGCAGCAGUCCCAAGACCUCCAUGUUACGUUCGUUAUUCAAAGGGAAGCGAAAGGACAAGGCUUUAAAUAGCUACUCCGAAUGCAAGUGA